AUGCCCAAGGCCAACAAAUCCGACAACUGCAUUAAUGACCUUAAGCCCGCCAUCCGUGUCAACCAUACCUGGAAUACUAUUUGGGUUCCCUAUCUCUAUGAAAAGCUAUCUUUCUGCGAGUAUCAGCAGACUCGCAGCUAUCCCAAGAUGCACUCAUACGGCCAUCAUGUCAAGAGUCUCGAGCUCCUCUCCAUAGAAUGGAAUAAUCUCGCCUUCCUUCUCAACUUUACCACCAGCCUACACUCGCUCUUCCUCCACUGCACAAAACUGAGCACUUUGCAACCUCAGGAGCUCGCAGAGAUAACACCGCAGCUUCGGGUUCUGCAUAUCACCUUGAAGCAACACUCGCUAAAGCCAUUGGAGUGCCAGAUGACUCCUGUGUCUGCAUUCAAGCACCUGGAGGACUUUUACUGGAAUGUCCUGACAGAUGUCCGCAUCGACGAUAUUCUUUUCGUGCUUAAAUCAUGUUCUCAACUCCAGUCACUGGCCUUGACAAUCAACCUAUUAGUCGAGGAACUUGACGAGGCCAAAGUCGAGGAGAUUGAUGGCAUCAAAAGCAGCAGUUUGGUAGCCGAUGCCGUACCAGAGUUGGUCAAAGUGGACGAUGACGGCUGGACAAGCACCUCGCUCCGAGUAUUGAGUUGGGUAAGCAUGCCGUUCCGAGCGUCGAGCUGGAACAGUGUGAUGUUGGGACCACGACAAUCCUGCUUGGACGACUCGAAACAGCCACAUCCUUGCGUCCGCCGUCUCUUUCAGCACACACCAAAUCUCAAGAAAGUCAAGAUCAGUGGUGAGGGCAACUUCGGCCCUCAGGAUUGGGACUGUAUGUUCGAUAAUCAAGCCAGCGUCCAAGAGAUCGAGCUUGAUUUGCGCGUCUCAGUCAUCGGACGCGGUUUUCAAGUCAGUGAUUCGGGGUACUUGAACGCAGUGUCAAGAUCAUGCCCGAACCUCAAGAAGUUUAUUGCCAAGCUCAUACCGCCUACAACGGACGAGGCGUUUGCAGAGGUGAUGCGGGUCAACCAUGGGCUGCAAAUGGUCAGCGUUAAACACACGGAAUUUGGGGACUUGGCACUCCAUCAAUUGGCACGUCUCCCUCCAACACUCACUUCAGCAGGGUCCUCGCAUAGCCUUGUUGAACUCGAUGUGGAGGGAUGUCUUCAUAUCACCAGCCAUAGUGCUAUCGAGAUAUUAGAGAACUGUCCUCUCCUACGCAGUUUGAACCUGUUGGGCACUCGAGCCGGUACAAUCGAGCUUUUCAAGGGGUGCAAGCCCUGGCCUUGUGCCAAGGUGCUGGAGAGGCUGCAUAUGGAUAUCCAACCACUCGACUAUCAACCCCGGCCGUACGGUGUAGGUUGGAGACAAGCAAAUUUACCCCCCCUUAAACCAUACACGCUUGAGGACCAGGAGUUGAUCAGGGAGCGGCUGUGCUCGUUCACUUCCCUCCUCGGUCUCGAACUCGGGGGGGAUGCGAUGACAUCUGAAAUCUUGGAGGACUUUUCGUUUGCGCCGAAGCUUCGAAAGGUUGUUCUGUUUGUUCCAGUCAAGUCAAAUGACUAUAGCAGUAGCAUAAUUCAGAAGGCAGGAGAAAUGGCCCAGGAGCGUGGCGCGGCAUUGUUCCCGAACUGGAUUGUGGCGGGUGGGUUCAGCUAUAUUUCCUCGCGAGGUGUCUAUUUUAUCAAUGCCGUUAUCAAUAAGGACGGACACCUUGUGUUUUAA